AGUCAUCAUACGAAUAUUCCGAGGGAAAGACGUGCAAUUCACCAACUUUGCGAUAUUCUAAACUAACAACAACUAAAGUGGCAAUAUAACUUAUUUACUAAAUAACCGAUCCGUCCACUUGAAUAUUGUCGCGGGUGCCCCCGGUAUUUUUAUUAAGUAUUUACCGGUGAACUUUCUCCAUCACAAUGUUUUCAGGAUUUGCAUCUUCUUUGAGAAAUUUUGGAAAUCGAGUAGCAUCGAUUUUCGAAAAAAAGAAGAAAGAAGUAGCUGAAGAGGCAGAAGAAACGGAAAAUAAAGCAAAAGAAGUUCUUGAAGAGCAACUUACAAAAACCGGGGAAGUAAUAAAAGAAACUAAAGAAAAUUUGGAAAAGAAAGCGGCAGAAGCAGCCGAAGAAUCCAAAAAAGCAGCAACUGACACGUUAAACGAAGAAUUAAAGAAGACUGGACAGGUUAUAGACGAGAAGUUACACGAAGCUGGUAAAGUGGUCGACCAGAAAAUACACGAAACGGGCCAAUUCAUCGACAACAAAAAAGGAGAAGUGGCGCACAAACUGGACGAAACGAAACAAAAAGUGCAAAGUGAUGUCAGACAAGCCCAACAAUUUGUUGGUAAUAAACAAGCGGAAAUCGCAAGGACUGUGGAUAACACGAGGCAUCAAGUACAGGAGGGUGUCAACCAAGCCCAUCAGUUCGUCGACAAUAAGAAGGCAGAAAUCGCUAAAACGGUUGACUACACAAAGCAUCAAGUUCAAGAUGGCGUCACUCAAGCUCAACAAUAUGUAGAUAACAAAAAAGCAGAAGCAGCAAAAACAAUUGAUCACACAAAGCAUCAAGUUCAAGACGGUGUCAAUCAGGCUCACCAAUAUGUCGACCACAAGAAAACGGAAUUAGCAAGUAAAAUCGACAACACCAAGCAGGUCGUGGAGAAUGACAUAAACCAAACUCGUCAAUUUAUAGACAACAAAGCUACCGAUACCGCACGAAACAUCGACAACAAAAAAUCAGAAAUAGCAAAAACCCUUGAUAACACCAAGCACCAAAUUGAAGGAACCUUACACCAAACAGGCCAAUAUAUUGAUAAUAAGACGACCGAAACCGAAAAAAAUAUCGGCCAGUACAUCGAUUCCACGCGUGAUUCAGUGGGCCAAAAAUUGAACGAUACCAACCAGUAUUUGGACUCUAAACGAGAACAGAUUAAACAAGGGAUGGAAGAAGCCAACAGAAGAGCCCAAGAAGAUAGUAGCGAAAUCGCACAAUUAUCCCACGCUUUGUUAACCAAAGGACUUAUUUCAAAAUAAAGAAUUGGCACAACAAAAACAACGUGAUUCUCACUAAUAUAACAACACAUAGCUUUUUUAUUAUUGUAUAAGUCUUUUGCGCUAAAUGUAGGCCGUACUUUCAUUCUUUACUUAUUUAAAAAAAAAAAACAAAAGC